AUGCCGGCGCCCGAUAGGACGCCGUCUGCGAAGCGGCAACGCCACGACGUCGACCCGCAGGCGCUCGCACGCUCCAAGCAAAAGGCCCUCAUCUCCAAGCAGCGCCUCUUUGCCCCCUUUCGGGCCCUUGGCCUCAUCUCCAACGACGUCCCCUUUGUGCUUCAGACCCGCUUCGGUGGCAAGGAUGCUACGCGGCCCGAUCUCAACGUCAUCACCUGCCUCGGCGACAGCUGGGCCAUGUGGGAGGCAGAACGCAUGACCCUCCUCUUUGUCGGCCCUUCGCUCCCCGCUCCCAUCUCGGCCCUCGCCAUCUCCACCUCGCCCGAUAGCGUACUUGCAGCCGCCGGGACAAAGGUCUACCGCUUUGUCCGAGGAAAGACGGUCGCCGUAUACGACACUGUCGACGCGUCGAUCGACUCUGCGCUCAGAACCGGCGCAGGCGACGAAAUGGACCAGGACAGCGAUGGUGAUAGCGACAGCGACAGCGACGGCGACGGCGAUGACGGCGCCAGCUCCGACUCUUCCUCGUCGUCCUCGGCUCCUUCCUCCCCGGAAGGCACCCAGCUCUCGUCGCUGCUCGUCUUUGGCGAUUCCAUCAUCUCGCUGUCGGCAGACGGCAGAUCCAUGUUUAUCUGGUCGCUCGCCACCACCGAGCUCAUCCGCAGACUCGACUUUCCCUCGACGUUUGUGGCCACAUCGGUGCUUCAUCCCGCCACCUACCUCAACAAGGUCCUCGUCGGCUCCGCUUCAGGCGAGCUGCAGAUCUGGAACAUCCGCACCGGCUCCCUCAUCCACAGCUUCGACUCCGCCGACCUCAAGAAGCAUGCCCGCAGCUCCGCGUCCGCCGACGCCGUGGCCGGAGGCGCCAUCGUCUGCCUCACCCAGACUCCUGCCGUCGAUGUCGUUGCCAUCGGGUUCGCCGACGGCGAUGUGCUCGUACACGACGUCCGCCUCGACGAGCCCCUCUUUUCCCUUCAUGUCGAGGGCGGCCUCUCUUCGGGGUCCAUCAGCUUCCGCAACGACGGCCGAGCUCACACGAUGGCCAUCGCGACCAACACCGGCAACAUUUCCAUCUUCGACCUCGACCCUUCCGCCUCGGCCGGCGCUCCGUCUACGAGCACCGGCCAGCGGCCAGGUCCCAAGCUCUCCCACUCCCUCCGCGAGGCGCACGAGGGGCCUGUCGGCUCCAUCGAGUUUGUUCCCGGCCAGGCCCUCCUGGUUUCGUCCGGCGGCGACAACUCGUUCAAGCAGUGGUUCUUUGAGAGCCCGACAAUCCCUCCUCGGCUGCUCAAGAUGCGCGGCGGCCACCACCAGCCGCCCCAUCUCAUCCGCUACUACGGUGAGGACGGCAAGAACGUCCUCAGCGCCGGGCGAGACCGCAGCCUCCGCUGCAUCAGCGUCGUACGCGACAGCCGCAGCUUCGAGCUGAGCCAGGGCCACCUCCAGAAGAAGUCCAACCAGCUUUCGGUCUCGGUGGCCUCGCUCAAGCUACCGCCCGCCUCGGCCAUUUCCUACAGCAACACGCGGUCGCGCGACUGGGACGACGUGCUGACCACCCACCAGGGCCUCCAGUUCGGCCACACCUGGACUGUCCGCGACAAGCGCAUGGGCAGCUCCGCGCUCGCCGCGUCGCAGUCCAAGAAGAUUCCGGCCGAGGCGAGGACGGGCUGUGUCAGUGCAUGCGGCAACUUUGCCCUCGUCGGCAACAGCGAGGGGCUCGUUGAGGCGUACAACAUGCAAAGUUACAUCCACCGACGCACCUACGACACGCGGCCCCAAGAUCCGAUGGCCAAGCAGCGGGCCAAGGAGCAUCCUGCCGGUAGCAAACGCGCGCUGACGGCGCUCAAGGCCAAGGGCAAGGGCAGCGCAGUGACGGGCGUGGCGACCGACGCGCUCAACCGCCUCUGCGUUGUCAGCACCAUCGAUGGCCGCCUCCACUACUUUGACUUUACCACGACCGAGCUGCUGCAUACCUCGACGCUCCCCUCGGGCAUCUCGGCCAUCGAGUUGCAUCGCGGCUCCAACCUGCUUGCCAUCAUCUGCGACGACCUCGUCCUGCGCCUCGUCGACAUCGAGACUCGCAGGACGGUGCGAGAGUUUGCUGGCUUCCGCGGCCGCAUCCUCGACGUUACCGUGUCCUCAGACGCGCGGUGGAUCGUGACGACGUCGAUGGACAGCGUGAUCCGCACUUUUGACAUCCCCAGCGGCCGCAUGGUCGACGCCUUCAAGACGGCGUCGAUCGCCACCAGCCUGUCGUUUUCGCCCACGGGCGACUUCCUCGCCACGUCGCACGUCGACAGCGUCGGCAUCUUCCUCUGGGCCAACAAGGCGCAGUUCACCAACGUGGCCCUCCGCGGCCUCGACGAGGCUGCGCGCGUCGUGGGCGAACACGAUGACGACGAUGAGGAAGAGGACGAUGAAGUGGCGCUGCCGACGGUGCAGGGCGAGAUCGAGGACGAGGCUCUGGCCACCCUCGACGCGGGCGAGGCCGUGCUGCAGCGCACCUACACCUCGCCGCCGCAGCUCGUCGACGCCGACGGCGAGAGGCUCGUGACGCUGUCGACGAUGCCGCGGUCGCGCUGGAUGACGUUGCUCAACCUCGACACGAUCAAGAAGCGCAACAAGCCCAAGGAGGCACCCAAGGCUCCCGAGAAGGCGCCCUUCUUCCUCCCGCAGAAGGCGGGGACGACAUUUGAGUUUGCGCCGGGCGCCGCCGAUGCUUCUGCUGGCGCGGCCGACGGCGAGGACGAGGCUGCGGCGAGGUCGAGGAGGUUGACGCACUUUGGCGGCGGCUCCUCGGGCGGGCUGACGUUCGACAGCGACUUUGUGCAGCGCAUGAAGGCGGUCGCGGCGUCGGACGAUGCGACGGGCUUCUUCCUCUACCUCGAGACGCUCUCGGUGCCGGCGCUGGAUGCCGAGGUGCGCUCGCUCACGCUUCCCUCGGACCUGACGCUGUUCCUGCGCACCCUCACCAAGCGGCUCAACCAGCAGCGCGACUACGAGGCCGUCCAGGCGCUCCUCUCGCUCUUCCUGCGCAUCCACUCGGACGUGCUGAUCCAGUACGGCGUCAGGCCGGACGGAUCGCGCCGGCAGGACGGGCGUGGCGUCGACGAGAGCGAAGGCCAAGACGAGGAUGAGGAUGAGGGCGAGGGGGACGAGGGCAGGGAGCUGGCGAGUGCGCUGGCAGAGUGCAUCUCGGCCAACCACCGCGAGAGCAAGCGGGUGGUGGACCUCCUCGAGCACUGCCUGGGCACGCUGUCGUUCCUCCGCAACCUUCCUAUGACCUGA